AUGGCUGAGAUCAAUGGGAGCUUUGUCUCCCCUGCGGCAGAUGCCACUGUCUAUCCUGCGCUUUUCCAGCCCGCCGGCUUGGUCGCGGAUUUUCUCAGUGGAUUGACUUUGUGGAAGACUCUGGCGACUCUGUUCGCCUUGGCCGUGGUCUAUGACCAGUUCCGAUACAUCUACCUCAAGGGUGCCAUUGUUGGCCCGACAUGGAAACUCCCGUUCAUGGGACCCUUCCUGCAGUCCGUCAACCCGAAAUUUCACGAAUACAAGGCCAAAUGGGACAGCGGCGAGUUGAGCUGCGUGUCAGUUUUCCACAAAUUUGUUGUCAUCGCUUCCACUCGUGAUAUGUCCCGCAAGAUCUUUAACUCGCCCACAUAUGUCAAGCCCUGUGUCGUGGAUGCCGCGCACAAGUUGCUUGGUAAGACCAACUGGGUGUUUUUGGAUGGCAAGCAGCACGUUGAUUUCCGCAAGGGCUUGAACAGUCUUUUCACUCGCCAUGCUCUGUCUUGCUACCUUCCUCGCAUGGAGGAGGUCUAUAAUGACUACUACGCGCGCUUCCUCCAAAAGUCCAAGGAAGCAAACCACGAGCCCACCCCGUGGAUGCCGGAAUUCCGUGAGCUGAUGUGCGCCGUUUCUUGCCGUACAUUUGUUGGCCACUACAUCUCCGAUGAGGCUAUUAUGAAGAUUUCCGAUGACUACUACAACAUCACCGCUGCGCUCGAACUCGUCAACUUCCCUAUCAUUCUUCCAUUCACAAAGACUUGGUAUGGGAAGAAGGCUGCGGAUAUGGUUCUGGAGGAAUUCGCAAAGUGCGCUGCCAAGAGUAGGGCCCGCAUGUCUGCUGGUGGUGAUAUCAGCUGUAUCAUGGAUGCAUGGAUUAAGGCCCAGCUCGACUCGGCUAAAUACCGCGAGAAGAUUGCUCAGGGCAUUGAGGUCGACUCGUCCGAGAAGCCGCCUCAGGUUCUUCGUGAUUUCACCGACUAUGAAGUCUCCCAAACCAUCUUCACCUUUCUGUUCGCCUCCCAGGAUGCGACCAGCUCUGCUUGCACCUGGUUGUUCCAACUCAUGGCUGAUCGCCCCGAGAUUCUUGACAAGGUCCGCGAGGAAAACCUGCGUCUUCGCAAUGGAGAUGCGAAGGCACCUUUGACUAUGGAGUUGCUCGACAACAUGACUUACACCCGCGCUGUCGUCAAGGAGACCCUCCGUUACCGCCCUCCUGUCAUCAUGGUUCCCUACGUCGCCAAGAGAGACUUCCCUAUCACCGAUAAGAUUACUGUGGCCAAGGGCUCUAUGAUCAUCCCAUCUGUCUACCCUGCUACUCGUGAUGAGGAGGCCUACCCCAAUGCGGACUCAUUCGACCCUGAUCGCUGGGUCACCGGAAUCGCCGAACAGCACCCCAAGAACUGGCUUAUCUUCGGCACCGGUCCUCACUACUGUCUCGGUCAACAAUACGCCGUCUCUAACUUGAUGGCGAUGAUUGCCAAGGCCAGUAUGGAGAUGGAUUGGGUUCACACCCCAACUCCCCAGUCUGAGGAUAUCAAGGUCUUUGCGACCAUCUUCCCUCAGGAUGACUGCCUUCUUACAUUCCGUCCUCGCGCGUGA